AUGGUCGCCGUCUUUACGUCUAUUGCAACCUUUUUCACACUUCGACUCCUUGCUCUUAUCCUAGCGCCUACUUCACUGGUUGAAGCAGUCCCUGUCGAAUCUUCAGCGCCCUCAGAUAACCAUGGCUCAUCAUCAUUUUGGAUGUCAAGUAUCCAACGGCAAGGCAAAGUACCGUUUGGGAAGUCUGAUUUCAAGAUAUAUAGGAACGUGAAGGAUUAUGGAGCGAAGGGAGACGGGAAAAGUGACGACACAACAGCCAUCAAUAAGGCGAUCACAGAUGGUGAUCGUUGUGGGAAAGGGUGUGAUUCGAGCACGACUACACCUGCUAUCAUUGCAUUUCCUCCAGGUACUUACAUGGUCAGCGCUCCCCUGAUUCAGUACUACUACACCCAAUUCAUUGGGGAUGCCUUGAACUUGCCGACUAUCAAAGCUACCCCUAAAUUCAAGGGUAUGGCCGUCAUUGAUACCGAUCCUUAUGAUGAUGAGGGCAAGAACUGGUUUACGAACCAGAACAAUUUCUAUCGCCAAAUUCGUAAUUUCGUCAUUGACAUCACUGGUUUGCCACCGUCUCAGGGUGCUGGUAUUCAUUGGCAAGUCGCACAGGCCACGAGUCUGCAAAACAUCAGGUUUGAGAUGGUCAAAGGAGGCCAAGACAACAAACAGCAAGGGAUAUUCAUGGAUAAUGGAAGUGGUGGAUUCUUGACGGAUCUUACCUUCAAUGGCGGUAAUUACGGUGCAUUCUUCGGAUCUCAACAGUUCACGUCUCGCAAUAUGACUUUCAACGGGUGCAAUUGCGGCAUUUUCAUGAACUGGAACUGGCUCUGGAACCUCAAGUCGUUGAAUAUCAAUGAAUGUGGGGUUGGGGUAAAUAUCUCGAAUUCACCGAGCAAUCUGACCGUUGGUUCUAUAAUCAUUCAAGACAGUGUCAUUAGGAAGACUUCGCAAGGCAUCAUGACUGCCUACAAUAAACAAUCGAACACACCACCGGCAGCCAACACCGUCAUUCUCGAUAACGUUGAUUUCACCGACACUUCGAUCGCUGUGGCCGACCAGAAUGGACAGACCAUUCUCAAGGGAGGAUCGAAGGUUGCUUCCUGGAUUCAAGGCAGCGGAUACUCCAACGGCGCCAAAGAUGAUGCAUCGGCCUCUCAGUGCGCUUCAGCGGCUCCUUCAGCUUCAGCAACAAAGAUGCAAGGCCCACUAGGCGCGCCAACUAAGCCUGCGUCACUUUUGAGCAAUGGCAAUGUGUAUGAGCGCUCGAAGCCACAGUAUGAGACUGUGCCGGCCACCUCUUUCAUCAGUGUCAAAUCUCAAGGAGCAAAGGGUGACGGCCAAACGGACGACUCAGAUGCUCUACAAAAAGCGUUCGAUGCUGCAAAGGCAGAUCAGGUUGUCUAUUUCGAUCAUGGAAAUUACGUCGUUACCAAAACGGUCAAAGUGCCCAAGAAUAUAAAAAUCACUGGCGAGAUCUGGCCGAUAAUCAUGGCUUCUGGGCAAACCUUCUCCAACGCUGAGAAGCCUGUUCCUGUCUUCCAAGUCGGUCAGCCCGGCGACAGUGGUGCUGUGGAGAUGUCAGACCUAGUCUUCUCAACCAAAGGUCCCGCGCCCGGUGCCAUCCUCGUAGAAUGGAACUUGGCCUCCUCCUCCCAAGGUAGCAACGGCAUGUGGGACGUCCACUUCCGAAUCGGGGGCACCGCAGGCUCUGGUCUUCAGUCCGACAAAUGCGCCAAGAACCCCAAUACGACCACCACCUCUACCACUGUCUCCUCCUGCUCCGGCGCUUUCCUCCUUCUCCAUGUAACAUCCAAGGGAAGCGUCUACAUCGAAAAUUCAUGGUAUUGGGUCGCUGACCACGAGCUCGACCGCUCCGAUCACAACCAGAUAAACAUCUUCAACGGCCGUGGUGUCCUUCUCGAGAAUAGCGAGGGACCGGUGUGGCUAUACGGUACCUCAAGCGAGCAUUCCCAGUUGUACAAUUACCAGAUCUCCAAUGCCAAGAAUGUCUACAUGGGCAUGAUCCAGACAGAGACUCCCUACAUGCAGGCUAACCCCAACGCUUUGACUGGUGGCUUCAAGCCGAACGACAAAUACGACGACCCCGACUUCUCAGACUGCAAGACCGACGCAUGUAAGAAAGCUUGGGGGCUUCGUGUCUCUAAGUCAUCAGAUGUGCUGGUUUAUGGAGCGGGUCUGUACAGUUUCUUCGAUAAUUACGGGCAGGCGUGUCUCAAGGGGGAGAAUUGCCAGGAGAACAUGGUCAGCAUUGAAUGCUCGACUGACGUUUACCUGUGGGGCUUGAGCACGAAGGCUUCAACAAAUAUGGUGACAUUGGAUGGGCAGGCGGUUGUGCAGGGGAAGAACCAUAUGAGUAAUUUUUGCAGUACUGUUGCUGUAUUUGAGGCGCUCUAA